GCCGACCGACGCCAUCUUUCUGUCAAUGGAGUCAUAGUCGUGUGCUUGCAGGGCGCCAUUUUAUUAAAGUAAUAAUUGCGGUUAUCUGCAGUGAAAGCUAUUUUGUUUUUCAUAAGUGAACGUUAAAUAAGACCAAAAUGAGUUACGGAAGACCUCCGCCGCGUAUUGACGGCAUGGUGUCGUUGAAAGUGGACAAUCUCACAUACCGUACUACACCUGAGGAUUUGCGCCGCGUUUUCGAAAGGUGUGGAGAAGUAGGCGAUAUUUAUAUUCCCCGUGAUCGUUACACAAGGGAAAGCAGAGGAUUCGCCUUUGUCAGGUUUUACGACCGACGCGAUGCAGAAGAGGCGCUGGACUCGCUCGAUGGGCGCAUGUUGGACGGGAGGGAGCUUCGAGUGCAGAUGGCCCGCUACGGCAGGCCUUCGUCACCCUACAGAAGCCGGUACGACCGCAGACGCAGUGGUUCUCGCUCUGGGUCGCGCUCACGCCGCCGCUCGCGCUCUCGCUCCCGUUCCCGCAAGCGCUCGUACACGCGCAGCCGUUCUCGCUCGCGUAGCCGCAGCCGCUCGGACUCCAAGAGCUCGCGCGGCCGUUCCCGCAGCCGCUCCCAUUCCAGGUCGCGCUCCAGGCAUUGAAGUGCUGAGUUGAGAGUACCGGUUUAGAGCUGAAGCUGUGCCAGCUAUCUCGUGCACUCUUCGGCCAAGGUACUAGCUCUCACUUACUCUAGCCCCACAGACCUAACUAUGUCCGACAUAGUGGCAAAUUUUAACGUAACAAAUUACCUUUUAAGUUCUUAACUUAGAUUAACAACAACUCUUAAUGAUUUUGUCUUCUUUUUUUUAUUAUUUGCAUUAUCACUAUUAUCAGACUGUUAUGUAGCAAUUUGAUAACUUAUCAGAUACCAAAUUUCCCGAUUUAAUUUUGUAUUAGGCUCAAGUUCUGUUCAAGAUUAUUUUACACUUUUUAAAAAUGACUCCUUGACACAAAUGCUUGUGUAUUGUGUUGUGUGAUUCUCAAAAAAUAUAUGUUUUAAGAGAAUAUAAUGUAUUAGAAAUGUAUAAAAUAUGAAUUCAUCAGUUUGUGUAUUUAAUCACCAAUUAGGUGUGACCAUAAAGGUCCUUAGAUAUAUUUCAGGUUAGAAUCAUUACCCAGGAGAUCAUGUACUACCCAUGGGCAUUGUGGGCUAAAUUGGGACUUUUUGGGACACCCUCAUGAUGUGUGGUAACAGAAAUUAACAACCAGAAUGCCUUUCAUUUCACUUUUUUUGUAUAAUUUCAAAAUUGUUAAUUCUGCUAAGGUACUAUGCCCUUGACAUGAACAAAUUAGUCAAAAGCUAGCAAGGAGUUCACAUACACUAUGCUUUCGUAACUUGAUAAAUCAAAUCACAUACACAUUAUAAUAUACUUAAUUACAAAUUGUGACAGUUAAAAGCACUAUAUUGUCAGUUUUUCAAAAUCAUGUAUUGGUCAUUUAACUGCCUGACAAAAAAAAUAUCUUUUGCUGAAAAUGAAUUAAAAUAUGUACAUUUUAUCUUGCUUUGAAAGUGUAGAAGUAUGAACACAAGGACAUGUUAUUUUAGCUUGAAAUUCUAAUUGUAAUGUAAAUGUACCAUCGCGUACACUGUUAGCUGACACUUUGCAAAUCUUACAAAAGGUUCUGACGGUCAGCGAGCAGUGUAGCAGUCAAUACAACAUUAAUGUGUGUGUGUGUGUGCUCAGGCGUCGGGCGGAGCGGGGGCGCGGACGCGGGGUGCGGUGGGGCGCGGGGGGUUGCGGAGCGGACAACUGCUGUUUUGCUGUUGUUGCUGUUCAUAAAGUUAUGAGUAAACUUUUAUAUUAUUGACCAACCAGACUUGUCUAACGUAGGUACUCGAAACCCUAUCAUUAUUAGUAAUUUUGUAAACGGCACCCUUUAUCCCGAUAAAUUUAAAAACAUACUUUAUUAAUAAGAAACUAGUGAUGACAGAUGCUGCUGGUGUUCGCGGACUAACGUUUGCGUUUGUUUGGCAGGCCGCGAGCAGGUGCCGCUGGCCUGCUGACGUGGCAGUUUCCCGCUGAUUGCUGUGUUUGCAGACUUUCCAGAUGCGUCUAGGUUUCAUAUACAGGACUACGCCCCCCGCCGAUGCGAGUUAGCUUUGUACACCCGAUAUUUUUCUUUCGAGAUUUUAUUUAGAGUUAGAUUCAAGAUUUUUUUGAAGUUGCAAGAGAGAAGACAUCGACAGGACACCUGGGAUUUGGAUACUGUAUGUAGGUUAAAAUGUCGUAAAUAAAUAGAGUUAACACGA